AUGGAAGUGGAACUUCCCGCGCGUUGGAAGGGGUUGACUAUGAGCCAGUAUGAUGGCACUACUGAUCCGGAGGAGCACGAAAAAGGAGAGUCUCUGCGGGAGUUUAUGGAGCGAUUUGGGAAGAUAUCCUUGAAUAUCUCUAAUUUAAAUCCUGAGGUCGCCAUGCAUCACCUCAUCACAGCACUAAAGCCUUGCCCUUUCGUUGACAGUCUAUGCAAGAAGCCCGUGAACAAUCUGGAUGAGCUUCGGACCAAGGCCACCAAAUUCAUGCAGAUGGAGGAAUUGAAAGAAUUCCGCAAUACAACUCGACCGGACGCACAGGAGAAAAGGCACCAUGAUAGAGAGCGAACGUUAGCAUCCCAAUCCGGCCACAGGUUCAAAGACUCUAGGCAGCCGAAACACAGCGGGUACACGCCCCUCCUGUCCAACAGAGCCAGAAUUCUGGAAGAAGCACUGAACACCGAUCUAAUAACAGCCCCUCAAAGGGCCCCGACUCCCCCGAACGUCGAUACCACUAAGCAUUGUCGGUAUCACCGAAAUUGUGGGCAUACAACAAAGGAAUGUUUUACCUUGAAAGACAAAAUCGAGGAACUGAUACAGGCCGAACACCUAAGAAUAUUCGUAAAAUGGGAAGGCGGGGGAUUCUCUUCAAGGGGAGAACGAGAAAAACGCUACAAGGAGCAACCACGAAGGACGUCAGGGUACCGAAAGAGGGAAGGAGAGGGCACCCGCAAAAGGGCCGAACCCAAAAAAGAUGAUGAGCGGGAUACGAGAGAAAUGCCACUGAGGGGAGUAAUUAAUUACAUUUCAGGAGGCUUCGCAGGAGGUGGAGCCACUACGUUUGCAAGGAAGAAGUAUGUGCGAGCGAUUCAGAGUGUCAAUGCCGUGAUAGUAUGUCCCAGACGGCACAUGCCACCCAUCACGUUUCGAGACGACGAUUUCCAAGCGAUCGACCACCAGCAUGACGACCCAAUGGUGAUAUCAGUAGAGAUCGAGGACUUCGCGAUCAGGAAAACCCUGGUGGACCCGGGUAGUUCAGUGGACAUCCUAUACUGGGGCACUCUCAGAAAACUGAAAAUUCCAUAA